AGUUUUUGUUUAGGUAUUACAUAAUGAAGAUCUGUGGAAAACAAUACAAAUGAAAAAUUACAAAUGGAAAACAAAACAUAGCAAAAUAUUAUCCAAAUACAAUUUGUCAAAAUACUAUCAAUAUGGAGAUGUAUUGUGGAAAUUACAUGAUAAAUCUGUUGAAACAAUAGAGUUCCUACAAUCUGGAUUUAGUGGGAUAUGUACGUUUAAGAAGAUUUUAAGAUAUUUGCAAAAUUGGAAAGGCGCAUGCAUACAAAAUAAAUUAACAAAUAUUAAUCCAUAUUUAUUUACUGUGAUAUUUAGUAAUUUCACAGUCAUUAAAUCUCCGCCAUUAUUCAAUGCUACGUUUAUUACAAAUCAGAUAUGUCAAAGCAAUAUUUGCUUGCCAGUAAGAACUUAUUACUGUUUGAAAUCAUUUUCUGCAUGCAGUAAAACCAAUAUAUCAGGAUUUUGUAUGAAUUCUACGUGUAUCAACAUCGUAAAGGGUUUGAAAUAUGUAAUUGGUCACAAUGGUUCUACUGGUAUUAAUAACAUUGACGUAUAUUUUAAUAUAGGAAAUGUUUCUCAUGCCUUUUAUCAAUAUUUUGAAAUCGAAUACAAUUGGAUAGACUCAAAUAAUACAAAAAUGUUCACUGGUAAUGGAAAUCCUGGGUACAUGAGAGGUAAACCGAUCAUUAUUGGCGUUUUUCAUACUAAUAAAAGCGAUGAUAUUUUCUUCAAUAAAACCAAUGGAUUUUUUACAUUGCCUUUGGCUGGCAAAAAUGGAGAGUGUGAUCAAAUUAAUAGACAUACCGUCUUAUUUGGCGAAAACACUAAACUAACAUGUUCUGUCAAAUUGUUUAUCAAGAAUUUCACUGCGUCGUCUUGUACAGAACUACAAAAUCUGACUAUGCGUUUUUUAAUAAAGGACUUCUUAAAUAUAAGCCAAUAUAAUAAUAUUUAUAUCUCAAAACAGGGUAAUUUUUCCAGUAAAAAUAUUAUUGAUUGGUUGCAUGUCGUGUUUGAUAGAAUACCACAAAAUAUUAUGACUGCACAUACAAUUGGAAAACGUAUUUUUUGUUCAGGAUUAGUUACAUCUAUGCAUUUGAAUGUUCUUUAUUCUAUGUUACCAAAACCCAAAACUAUAACAAAUUAUAAAAUAUCUGGUGUUGGAAUUACAUUCAGCAAGGAAGAGGAUAUUAGCUGGCCGAAGUGUACAUUAAAAAAUUGUACAGAUGUCCUCUAUAUCAAUAUUAUUUCCUAUGUUAAUUUUUAUGAUGUUUCAAAGCCAUCUAAAUACUAUUUUGCUGGCGGACCUAAUUUAGAUAUUACAUUGCCCUACGAUUUCUUUUAUCCUUUCUUGAAUGGUUCAAAAAUUAUAGAAAUACCAAAUAUAUUGAUUAUUUUAAUUAUAUAUGUUUUAUGGAGUAUUUAUAUAAAAUUCCUGCUUGGGUACCCGGGUACCCCAGUUAUUGAAAUUAAGUGCAAUUUUUGGUUAGAGAGAAGGGUUAAACUAUGGCGGAAAAUAGAUCUUAAAAAUGGAUGUGAUACUUAUGCAGAAUCAUUUCACACGGUAAAAUUAAAUCUUACAAAAGCAUUAGAGUAUCAUGAAAAAUUAGAAAAAUUGCAAAAAGCAUUUGAAACUGCGAAGCAAUUGCUUCAACAAUAUUUUGAUGAUUUAGGAAAACGAAAUGUGUCUCAAGAUGAUCCUGAUAAUCCAAUAGAUGUCCUAAAUAUUGAAACUGAUAAAGCAAUGCAAGAUUUUAAGGAUCUUGGAAACAAACAAGAAAUUGAUAUAUCCUAA